UAAAUACAGAGGUCCCUAAAAAUUGACCCUAAAACUAACCCUAUGGGAUCUCUGUAUUUAAGUAGUAUCGCUUCUAAUAUAUAUUCUUUAAUAAAAUCAUCAAUCCAUUACGAUUCACUACAGUUGCUACGGUAGUAGCUUAAAUUAAUAACAACAUUGUAGUUAUUAGACAAUUUCUUAAGUUAAAAAUAUAGUGCGAGCAGAUAUACUGAGGAGCCAAUAGAUUUCUAACAUAAAAAUAAAAAAAUAAAAUAAAAUAUUUACUUAUAAAUAUAGUUAAGACAUCAGGGGUGGGGAAGGAAUGUAUGGUUGUUGUAGAUCAGUUUUUUCAGUGGUGAAAUUUUUAAUUCUGUGUAGUUAGUGGGACCCUGUUACCUAGCAAGGAAAAAUUUGCUUAAAGUUGCUGUGAUGGUGAAAGAUGGCAAGAAAUAUAACGAAUUCGCUUUUAAAUAUUUACUUUCGUCAGCAUCAGCUGUUGUGGCCGAAACAGUUACUUAUCCUCUUGACUUGACAAAAACAAGGCUUCAAAUCCAAGGAGAACUAGCAUCAAAAUCAUCUAAUGGCAAACCUAAUCCAUAUCGUGGAAUGGUCAAGACGGCUGUUGGAAUAGCUAAAGAAGAAGGCUUUCACAAACUAUGGCAAGGAGUAACACCUGCACUUGUAAGACACAUAGUUUAUACUGGAUGUCGAAUGACUUUCUAUGAAGUUCUCAGAGACAAUGUCUUCCAUAAAAAUCCUGAUGGAAUACUUCCUGUAUGGAAAGCUGCUUGUUGUGGAUUAACAGCAGGUAUGUUAGGACAGUUUGUUGCUAGUCCUACUGAUCUUAUUAAAGUACAGAUGCAAAUGGAAGGCAAAAAUAGGCUCUUGGGAAAUCCAGUCAGAGUAAAAAGUAUGCAUGAUGCAUUUUGUAAAAUAACUGCUGAGGGAGGUGUGCGUGGAUUGUGGAAAGGCUGGAUCCCAAAUGUACAACGAGCUGGUUUAGUCAACAUGGGAGAUUUGGCGACCUAUGACACAAGCAAACAUUUCAUUUUAAGGAAUACUUCAUUGAAGGAUAAUGUUGUAACACACUUUUUAUCAAGUGUAAUGUCAGGAAUUGUAGCUGCUACAUUAGGUACCCCAGCUGAUGUUGUGAAAACAAGGAUAAUGAAUCAACCAACAAAAAAUGGAAAAGGUAUACUCUAUACAUCCUCUUGGGAUUGUGUAACAAAGACUGUAAAAGCAGAAGGAUUUUGGUCUUUAUAUAAAGGAUUUUUUCCAAUUUGGGCAAGAAUGGCACCUUGGUCUCUGACAUUCUGGUUGUCUUUAGAGCAAAUGCGAAAACUUACUGGAGCUUCAUCUUUCUGAUUUAUUCAUGGAUUUCACUAUUGAAAGGCUUCUCAUGGUAACAGAUAAACUGAUUUUGAAUUUCAGUUAUUUCAUAUAGUGUAACUGAUUACAAAUAAUGUACAACUAUUGUGUAUAAUGUAAACAGCCAUACAUAUAAUCUAUGAUAUAACUGAUGCCAUACAUAUAACUGAUGAAGCAUCAUAUUGCAUAUGAUGUAACUAAGAAAGUAUAUAUAUAUAUUUGAAAAAAAUGAAUAGAAAUGGCUUUUCUUAUAAUUUUUCCACUUUAAUUAUGAGAGGUUUAUAAGUUUACAAAUAAACAUUUAAUUAUUAAAGUGGAAAAAUGACCAGAAAAGCAAUUUCUAUUCCUUUUUUCAAAUAUAUAACACUGUAACAGGGACUUUCCAUUUCUUAUUCUACUAUAUAAACAUAUAUAUAUAUAUAUAUACUGGCAGUAUUCCAG